CAUUUAGUCGAUUUGUAACGUGUACAGAACCGAAUCACGGCAGACUUAGGCUUAUCCUUAUUGUUUAUAGAUCAGUUCUGUUUGUGCACGCGCGUGGCUAACCAGACGUGAAGGACAACUCCGGCCACCCGCUAGCAACUUCCUCCCGUCCAGUCAGAAGAUAGUCAUGGACAGUUUUGACAACUUAAGCGCCUCUGAGAAGGCAGAAGGGUCUGAACUUCAGAAGAUGAUCGCCAUAGAGCAGCAGAAGGCCCAGUUCCAGGCUCAGGUGCACACUUUCACUGAUGUCUGCUGGGACAAGUGCGUGGAUAGUCCGGGCGCCAAGCUGGACUACCGGACAGAGACCUGCCUGGUGAACUGUGUUGAGAGAUUCAUCGACACCACUCUGAGCAUCACCAACCGCUUCACACAGAUGGUUCAGAAAGGAGCGCACUGAUGCAGGACAUGGACUGGACUGUUGGUUUUUAGCCUGAUGAGAGACGUUUAGAGGAGAACCUAUUCUAUUUGGUAGAACCAGGAAAACCUCCGUGUUUCUGAAUGUGGAUCUGACAUUCAUCUAAAGAGGAUUUAGUGGACUGUUAGGUGGAGCUUAACUGUGAUGCCUUGACACCUCUGUACGUCCUAAACAAUUUAAUAAUAAAAGAACAGAAUCAGAUGUUUCUAUUGUUUAGAAGGUUUUACAUCUUUAAUUUCUUAAGUUCAAUGAGUAAAAAAAUAAAUCACAUUUUCAGCAUAUCUCCUUAAAGAUUUAGAAUUGGCUAAGCUGAUGUGUAAUUGAGAGAUAAAGAUCAAACUGUACGUAAAUUAAAUCAUUUUAAUUAGAAAAAUUA